CAUGUGUGCAUUGACAUAAUUCAUUGAUAGCCACCUGGACUGCUGCAAAUGGGGUACAGGUUUUAAAAGUGGGGGUCCUGACCAGCCUGGUGCUCGCCUGUCAAGACAGCCACAAAGGCACGUCCUCUUGUCAGUCCGGCAAGCGACGCGGCUCCACGCUCUUCUCUCUGCCAGACAACAGAAGAACGGUCAGUACCUCCCAAUUGAGAUGCGACCGAGCUCUUGGGUAAGGAACACUGGCCCCCUGUAUCCGGAUCAGACCAGCUUACCUGCUGGACCCCCAAGGACAGCACCACUGGGAUCCCACUUAAGCCUGUACCCACAGCACCAGGAAUUGUUGCUUAAGACUGAGUGCAGCUGUGCUGCUAGGAGGAGCCUGGUCUUCAGGAGAAAAAUGUCUGUUCAGGAUUGGAGGGACAGACUGUCCCAGAGUUGGCUUCCUGAUCAUCUCUCCCUCUUCUGCUCCCCAGUUUCCACAAAAGCCACCUUCCCCUGCAGUCUCGGUAUCUGAUAAAUCUAGAUAUUCAGAACCAAAAUUCUAUAUAACUGAAAUAUAUGGAAUCUGGAAUUUCUUCAAACCAGGGACCAAUUCCUUUAAUUUCUCAAGUUUUAGUAGCCUCCUUUGAUUGUCAGUCACAACCUGGGAGAUAGUAACCCAGAAGAAUACACCUGCUUGCAGGGACAGAGGAUCAAGACUUAAUAAAAUGAAUACUUGUUACUGCUUCAUCAAGAACAUUCUUAAAUGAAACUGGCUAUCCUCAGUUUGAUGUGGUGGUGAGAGGAAUACAGACUCAACAACACAGUUCGGUACUAUGUGUUGCCGUGCUUGAUUCCUGCUAAGUUUCCAGCAGCCUCACCAUUGCUUUUACAGUGCAGUGGUUAACAUGGUGCCAAAAGAUGUGAUGGAGCUGCUUGAAGAAGAUCUUACGUGCCCAAUCUGUUGCAGUCUGUUUGAUGAUCCUCGAGUUUUGCCUUGCUCUCACAACUUUUGCAAAAAAUGCUUAGAAGGGAUCUUAGAGGGGACUGGGCGGAACUCAUUGUGGAGGUCAUCUCCAUUCAAGUGCCCCACAUGCCGUAAGGAAACUUCAGCCUCUGGAGUCAAUAGCCUGCAGGUUAAUUACUCCCUGAAGGGUAUUGUGGAGAAGUAUAACAAGAUCAAGAUCUCUCCAAAAAUGCCAGUGUGCAAAGGACACUUGGGGCAGCCUCUCAACAUUUUCUGCCUGACUGAUAUGCAGCUGAUUUGUGGAAUCUGUGCUACACGUGGUGACCACACCAAACAUGUCUUCUGUUCUAUUGAAGACGCCUAUGCUCAGGAAAGGGAUGCCUUUGAGUCCCUCUUUCAGAGCUUUCAGACCUGGCGUCGGGGAGAUGCUCUUUCUCGUUUGGAUACCUUGGAAACUAACAAAAGGAAAUCUCUACAGUUACUGACUAAAGAUUCAGAUAAAGUGAAGGAAUUUUUUGAGAAGUUACAACACACAUUAGAUCAAAAGAAGAAUGAAAUCCUUUCUGACUUUGAGACCAUGAAACUUGCAGUUAUGCAAGCCUAUGACCCAGAGAUUAACAAACUCAACACCAUCUUACAGGAACAGCGAAUGGCCUUUAACAUUGCUGAGGCCUUCAAAGACGUGUCAGAACCAAUCAUAUUUCUGCAACAGAUGCAGGAAUUCAGGGAAAAAAUAAAAGUAAUCAAGGAAACUCCUUUACCUCCCUCUAAUUUGCCCACAAGCCCUUUAAUGAAGAACUUUGAUACCAGUCAGUGGGAAGACAUAAAACUAGUAGAUGUGGAUAAACUUUCUUUGCCUCAAGACACUGGCAUACUCAUUGGCAAGAUUCCCUGGAGCUUUUAUAAGUUUGUAGUAGUCAUUCUGCUUGGCCUUCUCAUUUUCUUUGGUCCUACUAUAUUCUUAGAAAGGUCUUUAUUUGAUGAGUUCUCAACCUGGAAAGACCAUCUUUCACACUUCAGUUCCUAUCUGACUAAAUCGCCUGAUUUUGUAGAACAAUCAGUUUUUUACUGGGAACAGGUGACAGAUGGGUUUUUCAUUUUCAGUGAAAGAUUCAAGAAUUUUACUUUGGUGGUCCUGAAUAAUGUGGCAGAAUUUAUGUGCAAAUAUAAACUAUUAUAAAAUCUAUUUUAAGUGCAUAGUUCUCUUUUUUUGUUAGACAUUUGUUAGAGAACAGAGUGGUAGUUCAGAUUUGGUCAAAGAUUCCAGUCAGAUACUUUCCUUCAAAAGUAAUAUCUUACAUAUGCCUUUCAAAUUAGGUAGUAUAAAGAUAAAAGUGAAAUUUAACUGUAUAGUCCUGAACCCUCCUUUUUUAAAGAGUGCUUUUGAAAUAAGUAUCAUACUCCCCAAUAUUGUGUUUAUGCUAUGUAAAAAGGGGAGGUGAGAGAGCACAUGAUGUAAUAUUGUAUUGAUGAGGUAAUGUAAUAGUGAUUGAAUCUAAUAAAGACUACUCUUGUAAAGCAA